CCUCUUCAUUUUGAUUCAUUUCUUCUACGGUCAUUUUCUGCAUUUUCUCCGAGCCAUUCCAAUUCCAUCUUUCCCCCCCUUCUAUCGAAAGCCAGGACUGCUUCAGGCUCUCUCUCACUCCCCCCUCCCUCUCACACUCUCCCCUCCCGCUGUCCUCUCUCAGAGGCACACACAUUGCAGUCUCUCUCUCGAUCACACACACACAGGUUCGCUGCAGCGAAAUCCACAAAUCACAGACUAGUACAGCACAGGACGGCAGGGGAAAAUAACGUCAAAACAAGCCAUUGAUUGAGUUGUGAAAAAGCGCGUCGACCACAGAGGUGAACCCUGCAAUCGUUAUAGGUCAUUGACAUCUAUGGUUGAGAGCCUUCUACUUCUACAGCACCGCUCCUUUCCCUGGGCUGAAGGACUAACACAAAACAGGCAGCGUGACGGAAGGAACCAGAGAGUGAGAAAGCAUCAUUAACCUUCCCACAGAGUGGGGAAACUGAACUGCCUAUUUAGGAGGAGAAAGGGGGUUAGAGAGGAGGGGGGGGGGGGGUUUGGACGUUUGAGAGGGCGAAAGGCUGUUCAACACGGAGAUAACACAGGCUUGGGGAUGUUCUAGAGCCUCGCUGCUUCGGCAAAGGACCGAUGCACAGCCAGAGGAAGAGGGGUCUGAAUACCAAUAACUACAGCGUAAACAGAAGACUGGAUACUGUCCUGGGAGAAGACUGAAGACUGCAAUUAGUGAAUAGAUAAGAGACAGGAGGAUAAAUGCUGUGAAGCAGAAUGAAAUGUUUCACACAUUUCAAAUCUGUUGUUGAUCUAGAAAACAUAAGCUUGUUGUCUCUGAAAACCUCCGGGCUCAUGCUUGAAAAACUAAAUCGGAUUAUUUUGAUUCACGCUCCAGUUAUCAGAACGAAUCAAUGGAUGUGGCAUCCUGAACAGCAUAAGCAGCAAAACUUCUGUGAAUAACCAGCACAACAAUGCCUAAAUCCAACCCACAAAUACUACACCCAUACCUGGCACCACACCACUCAAAAUCCUAUUGGAAGCCUUCAAAGCAACGCUCCUCUCUAAAAGGGGUCCACCCAGACAGAACCGUACCCCCUCCUAAACUCAAGCCAAAGGUGACCAGAGCUUCCCUGAGACCCCCUGCCUGCCCUCUGACCCCACAAAUUGUAGUCUGGCUGGCCGUGGUGAUCGGCUCCUGUGUCUUCCCUGUGCUACUUGGCCCAGGCGUGUCCGCUGGAGAGACCUGGGGCAUGGUCUCCAUCUGUCCCUUCCACUGUGUGUGCCGAAACCUCUCAGAGUCUCUGAGCACGCUCUGCGUCAACAAGGGCCUGCUGUUCGUCCCUCCUGACAUUGACCGGCGCACCGUGGAGCUCCGUCUGGCAGAUAACUUCAUCCUGGAGGUGGGCAGGGUGGACUUUGCCAACAUGUCAGGCCUGGUGGAACUGACUCUGUCCAGGAACACCAUCCACACCCUGCGGCCCCUGUCCUUCGCUGACCUGGAGAGCCUGCGCUCACUCCACCUGGACACCAACCGGCUGACCAUAGUGGGGCCAAGAGACCUGUCCGGCCUGACCAACCUACAGCACCUCAUCAUCAACAACAACCAGCUGACCGACGUCUCCGGCGAGGCCUUCGAUGACUUCCUGCAGACGCUGGAGGAUCUGGACCUGUCCUACAACAACCUGAGGAAGGUCCCCUGGGAGGCCAUCCAGAACAUGGCCAGUCUGCACACCCUCAACCUGGACCACAACCUCAUAGACCAGAUCGCUGAGGGCUCCUUCGGCGAACUCUACAAGCUGGCCCGCCUGGAUAUGACGUCCAACCGGCUGCAGACGCUGCCCCCCGACCCCUUGUUCUCCCGCUCCCAGACGGGCGUGGUCAGCCCCACGCCCUACAGCGCUGUCAUCAGCCUGAGCUUCGGGGGGAACCCCCUGCACUGUAACUGUGAGCUGCUGUGGCUGAGGCGGCUGAUCCGCGGCGACGACAUGGAGACGUGUGCCACCCCCGUUCAGCUGGCCGGACGCUACUUCUGGUCCAUCCCAGAGGAGGAGUUCACCUGCGAGCCUCCGCUCAUCACGCGCCACUCCAACAAGCUGUGGGUGCUGGAGGGCCAGAGGGCCACGCUGAGGUGCCGUGCCAUCGGUGACCCCGAGCCCAUCAUUCACUGGAUCUCCCCUGACGACCGCAUCGUGGCCAACUCCAGCCGCGUGUACUCCUACUACAAUGGCACCCUGGACGUGCUGGUGACGCGGGCGCGUGACGACGGGGCUUACACCUGCAUCGCCAUCAACGCUGCCGGGGAGGCUACAGCCCUGAUAGACCUCAAGAUCAUCCCCCUCCCUCACCGCGGCAACAACACUGUCCCCCUCACCAACUCUCGUGGAGACCCAGGCUCCUCAGACAUUUCCAGUGGGAGAACAGGAGGGUCUGGAAGGAACGGGAAGGGUGGUGGUGGUUCUGUAAAGAACGCCACAGGAGAGGGGGAGAGCGGAGAGAGGGGGGAUGGAGAAGCCAGUACCAGUGAGCGUUUGGUGGGGGUCCUGGGGGUGACCGCCACCUCUGCCCAGGUUCGCUGGGUCCUGGGCCGUGCCACUGGGCCGUACCUGGUGUGGAUGUACCAGAUCCAGUACAACUGCACUGCAGACGACGCCCUGGUGUACAGAAUUCUGCCGCCUACAAGCAACUCUUUCCUGCUGAAGAACCUGGUGUCUGGAGCAGACUACAGCCUGUGUGUCCUGGCCAUCUUUGACGAUGGGGUGUCCACCCUGGCCACCACCAAGGUCCUAGGCUGCACCCAGUUCAGCACCAAGGAGGACUUCCCAGAGUGCCGAUCCCUGCAGGCCCACUUCCUGGGCGGCACCCUGACGGUCAUGGUGGGCGGGGUCAUCGUGGUAACACUGCUGGUGUUCACCGUGGCGAUGAUGGUAAGGCACCGUGUCUGUGGAGACUGCCGAGACGAGGGCCACUACCCUGCUCAUCACCAUGACGACUUCCUGCCCUCCAAGGAAGGAGUGGAUGUUUACGCUCAGACCAACGGAAACGGGAGCGUGAUGAUGGUGGCUCUGCCCAACAACAUUCUUGGCCAACAGGCUAAGCCGCUGCCGUUGAAAACCAAACCCCAAGCCAAGAACAAGCCCGGGAAACUGCCCAAGCCAAAGCUUGACUCAGAUCAGCUCAGUGGGGAGGGAAAGGGUGAGAAGCCAGGCCUGGAGGUGGCCGUCAGGGGGAAAGGAUUCCCCCCUUUCACCCUUGAGAGUGAGAGAGUGACACUGUACUACUCCCCUGCCAACACCUCCCAGACCUUACCCCAUCCCCGAGCUCACAAGGCCCCGAGACACUCAGGCAAGCUCAAGCUGCGCCGCUCUGAGGAGAAGGAGAGAGACUUGGACAAAAUGGUGGGCUCCAUAUGCAGCCUAGGCUCUGAGGCCCAGGGAGAGGAGUCGGAGCGCGUGAAGGACUCGAGAGGAGAUCGCCCGCCACUAGGGCCGACACGCAGCUGCUCCUUUGACGUGGGCGAGAUCACCACGACAACCUGCUACGGAUAUGCAAAGCGACUAAGUGUGAUAUGGACCAGGAGGAGCCAGUCGGUGCAGGGCAUGCUGGUCCAGUGUGCCUCAACAGCCAGUUCAGCGAGCAGCACAGGCAGCGACCACACGCCUGCCCUCACACAUGGCUACCUGCACGCCUACAACACCUCCACCUCCAACUCUAAGUCCAGUGACGCUGACAACAUCGGAGACCUGGAAGAGAGUGUUUUAUAGGGUGAAGAUGACAGAGGGACAAAAAGGAACAAAACAAAGACUGAAAUGGAUAAAUUGACAGUGGACAGGUGGACGUAAAAGCCAUUUGGCUUAAAAAAGACAAGAAACUAUGAACGCACACAGUGCAUUGCACAAGGAACAUAACACAUGGUGAAGGAGCUAAUACCACGUAUGGUGUGGACAGAUGGGAGUGACAACUAUUGUGAAAGAAAAUAAGGUAUAAUGAUGUCUGCUGGUCUAAAGCUGUAAGAUACCGACUACCCAAACGCAUGGGGAUUACAACCUGAGACUUGUUUCAACAAGAUAUCUUAAACAAUUAAUGAAUUACUACAGUAAAUAAAUCAACCACCAGUCCACAGCAGCGUCUCGACUUUGAAUGCCAAACCGCCGAGGAAAUCAGGCCUCAAACUGGUACACGAGACAACUGUGAUAAUCAGAUGCCAGUCAAUUAUCAUGUUUGUUUGCAAAGAGCAGGAAGCAGCCUAUCUGCAAACACAGAGGUGUUUGUUUAGCUGAGAGAGGGAGCGAGAGAGAUGGGGAGAAUAAGGGGUAGAGACACUGGCUGGGGGGAGCAGAAGCGAUGCCUGGCGUCAGGGAGGAGCUCGGAGAUAACGCAGUAGACAGGGAGUUGGUUCAUGCUACGUCUAUUGACGCCAUCUGUCAUGUACUUUUCUGUUUUAUACAUUCAUAGCCGCAAAAGCCCCGUCGAGCUCAAUUAGCAUGAGCUGUGUGAUUGAGUGGCCGAUACACACAUUCACACAUAAGUGAGACGACAAGGAGAUAGUGUGAGAGAAGUGUGCGCAUCCAUUUCCUCUUUUCUUGCCAGAGGCAAACUGCUGACCUGUUUCAGCCAAUUAAAAAAAAUGCUGAUUGGAGAAUUCACACAAACACAAUGUGAACUCUGCCCAGCGGUGCUGCAACUACUGACCCGCGGUUCUACAACCAACCAUUGUUCACAUCGUAGAGCCCAGAUAUGUCAUGUUCUGCUGACAAGUCCAGUUAAUAUCUGGGCCCAUAUACACAAAGCCUCUCAGAGUAGGAGUGUUGAUCUAGGAUCAGUUUGGCCUUCUAGCUCAUAAUAAAUACAGUUAUAUGGACAGCUGGGUACCUGAUCCUAGAUCAGCACUUGUAAUCUGAGACGCUUUGUGGACAACGGGCCCAGAUUGGCAGAUCUUGGUGGUUAUUUUAGAAACUACUAUAACAUCUUCCCAGUUAAACAGGACCAGCUUGGGUAAAGCUAGAGUGUUCUAAGAUGUAGAUACAAUUGUGCCGUUAAGUUCAGGACGAGUUCAACAUCUCGGAAAUAGCGCAGACAUCCCCAAUAGGCUGGAUAAGAAAGUAAAGCAGUUAUUUUAAGUAGUCAUUAUAUCCUUUAGUGUCGUACGAUCCAAGUCAUUCACCCCGGCAGGCCGUUUUCUAUCCCUGCAUAUAAAACCCCUGCUGUGAGCAUUAGUCGACCGAUAUAGCCCUCUGUAGUGCGGGCAACCUUUAUUUUUUUCAUCCAAAGAAAGUUUUUUUCAAUUCAGUCAAGCUUGUUUUAUUCCAACGUUUGUAAACAACGCAAAUGUAAAUAAACACUGUAUAGCUUCAACAUGGUUCAAAAUAUUACUUUGAUAUAAUUGAUGGUCAGUCCUUACACGCCUUGUUCUUUUUGUCAUUACAACUGUACCGAUAGCAGCACAAACAGGCUUCAGCGUAUCCAUGUCUGGACACCAACGCCGCCCUACCUUGACGAGCUAAACACCUUUUUUCUCUCACGCUUUGGGCAUUACGACUGAGCUGCGUUGGUGGGACGAUGUUAAGGGUAGCUGCAAUUUCUUCAUCGACGGGCAAAAAAAUAAUAAUUGUAAUCUGCCCCCCCCCCCCCCUCAAACGUCUUCCCGAGGCGUCGCCUGUGAGACAGCCAGACGGAAAACCAUUUUAAGUGACAGCAUUGACUUUUUCCAUCUCAGAUGUAGAGCCAAGGUGUUUUCUAUUCACAACUGGAGACUUGAGCAGAAAAACACGGUAAUUCAACAGGACAGACGAGCAUUCUUACUCUCCCAUUUGAAUUGAAAAUAUAUACUCUGCCACGCUGAAGCACCUCUACCCCAGCCACACCCUAUGAUCAGAGGAGACAAGUGUGUGGGUGGAUGUCUGUUUGCGAGAGAAAGUGGUUGAGAGACUGACACUCAUUCCACAUAAAACCACCAAUAUGAAUUUCAAAAUCUUAAAAGAGGCACCUUCAUCCACCACAAUCAGUCUACUUUUCUUUUUUUACGUGAAAUGACCAUUUCGACAAGCUAGGCUUCGUCACAAUAUAAAGACAGAACUCGAACAGUACUCUGGAUGUUUUGUGGUUGGUUCCUUGAGGGAAUCACAACCCUCCUAAAAGAACAUGCUGUGGAAAUCAGUAGCAGAUGCAAAUUGGGAAAUUAAUGUAGCCGUACAAUUCAGUACAAUUCUAUUUGUGUGCGAGAGACAAAUGUGCGAGACAGGUACAGAGGGAGGGAGAGAGCGAGGGGGAGAGAGAAUGAGCGUUGGAGGGCUUGAGUAUUAUUCAUGCAAAUGACUCAUGUACAUGCAUGUUUAAGUGGUCAGUAACAGACUGCUGCAUACAUCAUUAAAAUCCUUGUUUAUCUGCUA